AUACAACCAAUCAGAACACAAUCGUUAUUUGCAUUCCCUUUCAUAUUAUUACGUAAUACAUAGUCAAUCCAACACCUAAUCUAUAUGAAUUUGUAUUAAUACCAACUAUAAUAUCAAGUGUCGUACAACUAGUAGAAACACUAGGUACCUACCUAUCUAUAGCUUCUCCCUCUGGUCAGGCUAUAGUCUCAACUUCGUUGCCACGUUAUAGGAUAGCUACCUACCUAACCCAAGGCAGUUGAGCCAAUUUCAUAUCAACUCCAAAUGCUACGGAUGAAAGUACUUCCAAAUCCCUAAUUAUUCUUUUAAUGAUCAUGCGAUAGUCUUCAUUUUGAAAGUAUAUAAAGUAACCUCAUGUUCUAGGUAAGAAAAGUAUAUCCGACGCUUCACUUCAAUGAGACAAUGAAUAAUAUGACAAGGCUUAAUAUUAAACAUGGUACUUUGAGUAGAUUGGGGAUAGAUGAAGGUAUCCUUCAACAUCCAAUCAAAUUUCUCUCAUCCUUAAUUCGCAAGGCCACCUAUCAGUGAAGACCGACAUGAUUGCCGGGCAAAAAAAGCUUGAAUACCUAAUGUAGAUGACUCUUUCCCACCCCACUUCUCCAAUCCUUCAUACUAGUCAGUCAAUUCAAGACCCUCGGCCUAGAGUCCCAAUGACUUUUGGUAGCGGUACGUCUUUACUAGAAUGUCGGAACAGGGGAGGAGGGUGCGCACAUUUUUUAAUAGACUCAGGAAGAGAGUCGAACCUCGAGAAAGCGUAGGAAGCCCAAGCACAGGACCUCUGGAAUCUAGUGAGCCCGCUUCGGUUAUACAAAAUGACCUGCGCGAUAUGGAGUCCUAUGGUCUCUUUGAGUUCCCUCCUCGGUCAGGGCAACCUAGAUUCACUUCGUUCUCUCCGGAUGCCAAACUCGUUGAUAUCAUUGCCGUCCACGGCCUUGGGGGUAGUUGGCGGUCGACAUGGAGUUCUGGCAAUGGUGAAGACCCUGCUAUAUGGUUACGUGACCGUCUACCGGAGGUCCUAGCCCGUAUUAAUGUGCGGCCCCGUAUACGAGCUUUCGGCUAUGACGCCUCUUUUGUAUUUACGUCUUCCACGUCCGACCUUGACUCUCGCGCACAAGACCUACUCACUAGAAUACGUAUAACAAGACAGACGGAAGAUGAAAUGCAGGCCCCUAUAAUAUUUAUUGCGCAUAGCUUAGGUGGACUUAUAGUGAAACUGGCUAUCAACAUAGCACAUACGGAUAAUGAAUAUUAUCAAGAUAUUCUUAGGAAGACAGCCGGUUGCUUAUUCCUGGCAGUUCCAUUCCAUGGUGCUGAUGCUGCCUCUUGGGCCGUCUUAGGUUCCCGUAUAGCCAGCGCUCUGUCUUUAGGCAUGGCUGGAAACUCGGGAAUACCAAGCGCUUUGGAAAGGAAUUCGAAAGACUGGAUGAAAAUUUCAAGAGAUUUCGUCCAAAGGGGAAAGAACAUGGUAUUUAGGAGUGCAUAUGAGACGGAGAAGAUGGGAAGAAGUGUCGUUGUUGAUGAGGCAUCAGUACGAAACAACGUGCCUAACGAGCGGGUAUUCCCUAUGCCUGGAUCUAAUCAUCGGACCAUUUGCAAGUUCGGCGACUAUGAAAACGAACGGUUCACCCCGAUUAGCCUUGCUAUAACUGAAUUGGCUCAAGCGGUACUAAUUACGCGCUCAGAACCAGAGCUUCCUAUAAUAUCUGAACUUCCUAUCUCUACACCGACGUUCUAUGGUAGAAAUACAGAACUUGAAGCGCUAUUUGAUGUACUCGAUCCCACUAUACCAGGAAGGAAUGGGGCCGUUAUCUUCGGCAUCGGAGGCUCAGGAAAGACACAACUUAUUCUCAAAUACAUCAAAGAUAAGAAACAGCUGUAUAGUGCUGUGAUCUGGAUCAACGCAUCUACAUCUGAGCAGCUUACACAAUCGUUUACCGAUGCCUUCGAUAUGAUUUCCAACUCGUGGACGCAUAAAGAUAGGUCGAAUCCGUACUUAGGGGAGAAUAAGAGAGACUUCGUGUUGACUAGACUAAGAUCGACUCUAAAGCGGAAAUGGCUUCUAGUUAUUGAUAGUGCCGACGAUCCCAACAACCUCAACCUAACCCAACUACUCCCCGAUUGUAAUUACGGCGCAAUUAUUGUAACAAGUACGCGAAGAGACGCAUGGGAUAUCCUCGAGCCAUAUGGAUUCGAAGGUCUCGAACUUGACAAGCUGGGUGACGCUGAUGGAACAAAGUUGCUUUUGGAUAGAGCUCGGAUACCAGUCCCGUUGCACGGAUCCAGUGAUGCCAUAGCAAUAGUUAGAGAGUUAGGAGGUCUACCACUAGCUAUUGAGCAGGCAGGAAUUCUACUGCGAAGAAGGGUUGUCGGUCUAGAAAACUUCAUCAAAGAGUAUCACACACAGUACAAGGAACUUAUGGGCCAUCUUCCCAGAGCCGGAGAAGUCCAACAUGAUAAAGCACGCUCUAUGUAUACCAUUCUUAGUAUACUUUACUCUAACGUCAAGACGGAAUCACCUAUCGCUGCAACAAUACUUCGACUUUUGGCUGUCAUAGGACCUACACAAGUCCCCAUAUCUAUAUUUUUAAACGUAUUCCAAUUCGACUCCGAAAUCACUACUGCUAACAUAGAGCUUCGGUCUAUACAAAACUCUUCCAAGUCAAUUACCACCUUUCGUCUUCACAUGACUCUUCUUGAGGAUCUUUGCCUGGUCAAAAUUAAGCCCGCCUCUAGAGAGUACCUAGAGUCAGUACUAUUGCACCAAGCUGUCUGCCAGUGGAUUACAAAAUCGCCGUCUGAAUGCGAGCCCCGAUGGAUUAUAUUUGUUGCCCUAGGAUUGGGUAAUGUUCUUUGUCGUGGGGAAGGGAGCCUUGACUGGCCAAUGGGUGGGACGACUUCGGAUUCGUAUAUUUCAAGAAUAUGCCUGUCUUGGAUCGACCGUAUCGAUUUCUUAAUCAGAGACUCCAUUGAUUCCUUCACCAUUGAACCCCCCCAUGGAAUUUUUGUGGCCGAAUACGCAAAUAUAGCAUGCAACUUUGGGUAUAUAUAUUUUUGCAAUUCACGGUACGAGGAAGCCCGGGUGUUUCUCUCCUGUGCUCUCGGUUACUAUCCCUUUAUAUCUGCAACCCAUGAUAGUUUCUCUGGCGGUAUUUUACGAUUGUAUUAUUGUCUGGCAGUCUCACAUUACGAAACGGGAAAUCUAGUUAAAGCAGAGAAGUUUAUCAACGCAGCAUAUAAUAUAUCUCAGAGAGAGACCACUGAAUUUGCGAAAAUUAUUAGUUUACAGCAAUCGAUUUUGGAUAGGACUACCAUUUACCACUACCAUCAUCAACCCUCAACGGCAAUUUCAACACAUAGGGAAACUAUCAAACGUGGCAAACAACCCGUACGGAAUGAAGCGGUUGUACAUGAUGUACAAUCGCAUGAAGUUAGUCAGAAAGACGAACGCCAGAAAGCGGACACUACGAAUCGCAGGCCUGAUGCCUCUCCCACAACAUCACUCCUUAGAGCUGCUGCUGCGACUUUCGAUGAUGCUAUCAACAAGGGUUGUCGCGUUUUAGAUCCGCUUCGAAGUUUUCAGGGAGUAGGAGGAUUAGAAUGGGAAGCGCAUAGGCUAAUCUCUUUGCACUUACCCGCAAGAGUGAAGGCCCAUAUCGUAAAAAGGGCGACUAUAAGUUCUUUGGAAAAUAACACGACUACGACGAAAGAAAUAUUACUAGAGGACAAUUUCUAUAGAAGAAUUCUCGCCCGGUCUACUGAACAUCUGGGGAUAUAAGAGUAUUUGAGAGGUAGAAUCUUUAUAUGUACAUCAUAUGUCUAUAAACUGGAGGUUCCCGAACAUUUGAACAUUUGAAUAUUUGAGCGACAGGCUCUCUUCCUUAUACUGCCGAUACUUUGCCCUCCCAGCACUACUCAUAACUACCCCUCCUAUGACGGCGGCCAGCGCUGUACCCUUGAAGAUAGUCUCGUACUGCCCAGACCUGAUUACCCAUGAGAAUGAUUGACGGUAAACACGGUAUAAGAAAAAAUUUGUAGUAGCAAGAUAGGUCCCAAUAAGGAUGCGAUAUUUGUACCGAAAGAGUGGAUGCUGCAGAGUGGUUUCGAGUUCAGGGGUUAAAGUCAUAACUCGUCUCCUACCAAAAAAAAAAGAAGGGGUAGUCUAAAGGCUACUAGUUUAGGAGAAACUU